AUGGCUUCCAGACCAAAACAGAACAAAUUGUCGAACAAAUUCACAAGCAACCCCUCCUCUCGUCGAACAAGAAAUGUCGACAAGGGGCAUUUGCAUGCAUUGCAAUGUCUUGAAAGAAUGGAGGAGUUUAGGACGAGCGAAAUCCUUUGUGAUGUUGUUUUGGAAAGUUGUGAUGGAGCACUCUUCAAAGUACACAGACUUGUUUUGGCGGCUUGUAGCUCAUAUUUUCAAGCCAUGUUUACUAACGAAAUGCGAGAAUCAAAGGAAGAAAAAAUCAAAAUUCCUUUGGAGUCACACGUUUUGAAAUUGUUGAUCGAAUAUGCUUACACCUGUAAAAUGGAUUUGAAAUCUUUAACUCAAGUGAAAGCUGUGUUAGUCGCUGCCAACAUGUUGUUAUUCAAUGGAGCGGAAAAGAUUUGCGUCGAUUACAUCGGCAGAAAAAUUAACACAAAAAAUUGUGUGGAAGUCAUGACAGUUGCUGAAAUGAUAUCAAGUCAAGAAUUAUCAAGAAUGGCUUUCGAGUUCAUGGAAAAGAACUUUGUGGAAUUAAGCUGCCAAAAAGGUAUGGGCCGAUCUUGGAAAGAGAUGUAUAAGUAUUCAAUAUGCAUGUGCCGGUUAUGAGGGAAGCCUCUAGACUAGUUUUUGUUGUUUUUUUCUUUUGAUGUAAAUUUGACCUUGCAAGCUUGUGGUAAUCAGAGGCUUAUGAAAAAGAGCCUCCUUCAGCAAAUUUUCCAGUGGGUGGUGGUGGGGAGAGGAUGGUGUAAUAUUCCCCUAUUGAAAAGACAUGGGUGCUCACCAUAACCUUUAUGCAUGGUUCAAUUUGACCUGUUACCGUCCCCCGCCUGGCAACCCCUGGGACAAGUCCAGCUUUUCAGGACUGGGGGUGGGGAAUUGUUUGAAGUGGUGCUCUUCCUGGGGGUAGGGAGUGGGGCAAAUAACUUCUCCUUGUUUUUGCAAAGUACAUGUCAUUUCUUGUGCAGUUUGCAUGCUGGCUGCAGACCUCAAGGCUACAUACUUUUAAGGGCAAAUGCAGGAAUUUGUGGAAGAGUGGUUGGAGAGGAAUAACCUAUCACAGGAGCCUAUCAAAUGGAGCCUCCAUCUCCUAUACAAGCCCUUGGAGUCAACCCUUUCCCGAGUAGAUUUAUAAUUAGAACGGUUCCCAGGGGAGACUUCGAGUGCCGAUGGUGGGAAGAGCCAAUCACAACGACUAAAUGACACUGCUAUUUUACUUCAUGAAACAGUAGGAAAUCCGGUGCUGACAGGCCAAACAAAAUCAUAAGGUUCUUCUUUCGGCUAAAUGACUCAAUAUUAAUGAAAUUUCUAGUUUUUCAAGUUUUUUUCCGAAGUGCGUUUGUCUGAAUAAAUACUGUGGUUGUCUUGUCCGUCAGUUAGUGUGAUGAUUCCCUGCUAUGUUUUCUAACGCCAAGCCCAGCCAUUGUUUUCUCGCAAAAAAGUGAUCUACAGAUGCGAAUUCGAAAAAAGAAUUGGCCUAAACUUCUACAUUAAUUGCUGCGAAUUCUCCUGUUAGUCAGUCAUAAUUCUUUUGGCGCAGAGACAAUCCAUUUUGUUUUUCUUGAGAUAAGAGGGUCUUUGGACUGGAGCGCUAUGUCACAAAUUCCACCGUUAGCAAAUUACUUUUGAGUUAGCUUUACCGUCGAGCAACUGUUGUCUUCUGUUCAACUUUUCAAGUGCCAGUUUUAUCAGGCAACUCCCAUGGUGAUACAAGUCAGUUGUAAAGGAAGACUUCAAUUUUUCUGAAGCAUUCCUCCUUAGUUGCUACUUAGGUCAUCGCUUUUGCACGCGGUGCUUAACUGGCGAAAUCCACUCCACGGCAAUGACAAAAACCAAAUGAUCCUGGCACUUUUUCUGCGCUGAUAAUCGAAAAGCUUCAAAUCGUCCACAGAAUGCUUAAUCCUCGACUCUUUUCAAGGUGCAUGCUUAAAUGUGGGAUGUAUGACAGCAAAAAAACAAAAAAAACAAAAUAGAACCUUUCCAUGAUCCUCAGUUCGCUGCCUUUGUCCCAUCGCUUCAUGCUCAGUCUCAGGCGGGUAAUUCGUUAACUUUUAUUUCAUCCCAGAUCCCAGCGGCUGUAAAACUGUAAAAAUGGACGUAUAGUAAAAAAGCAAAACGGUCAAAGGACGGGCUUCUGAGUUCGACUUCAUCCAACUUCAUUUUUUUCCCGGUGACAUACGAGACUCACGGAAAUAUGACACUUUUCGCGGGAAACAAGCCGUUCUAUUUAUAAAUCUACUGGGGAAAGGGUUGACUCAAGAAAUUAAUGAAGAUGGAGGCUCCAUUUGAUGGGCUCCUGCCUAUCAAAAUUAAAGUCUGUAUUUGAAGGUAUUUUUCAAAAUUUCCAACGAAUGUGGGUUUGAUGAGUACUCGAAUGAUUUUUUUUUUGCAAAAGAAACGAAGAAAUAUUUCUUCAGCCUUGUGUAGUAAGAAGACAACAUAAAUAGACUGUACUAAGAAAGAUUCUAUACUUAUAAUAUAUAUAGAUAAACAGAGAUUCAGUCCAGUGGUCUUAUGAAGUUUUUUAUCAUACCAAGGAGGCCCUUUGAGGUUUUUUCUUUGCACAUUUUAGUUUUCUAAUUUAUUGUUCAUGUUUUACCCACAUUAUACACUUAUUAUCCUUCUUUAAAUAAACUCUAGAAAAUGUUUAUAAAAGUCAUGAAAAUGUCUCUUUUUGCUAUUGUAGGGAAAUCAAUGUUGAUCUCAAAAAGAUGUACCUAAAAAAUAUGUAUAUGAGGUCGAUCAGGAGCUCAGGGGUGGGGAAUUGCCUCUUUUUACGUGCCCGGGGGUGGGGAAUAGACCACCAAGAAAGAAAAAAAUUUGCAAACGCCCUGUGGGUAUGCCUGGAAGGGCAUGACAAGAGGUCAAAUUGAACCAUGCAUUAGGGGGGUUAAAAUUCAAAGGUCAGUUGCACCUCAAGUGCCAAAAUCUAAAACGACAGUCAUCACAGCAAGAGUUGUUUUGGUUUCUUAAUGGACAUUUUACAGCUAUGUACCCUGAAAAUGAAGAGAACUCCGCCAGGUUUUUGUGGCUUCUGCCUCCUUUAAGGGAAUUUAGGCAUUACUCAAUCACGACCAAAAAAGGUUCAUUUUAGAGAAUCCUAAAGAGCAGAUUCAAUGUAAGAGAACAUUGUAUCGCAUUUCACUUUGCAAACCUGUAAAAAUUAAUGCUCGAAUUACUGCCAAGAGUGCUAACUUUUUUUUUUUGAGUCUAUGGGGCGCUUAUUUGAAGUGAGGUGUUAUUUUAAGGGGCAGGGGGGAGUAGAUAUUAAAUUUUUUACAAUUUCAAUCUCAAGGUGACACUUGUCUUUGUUUCAAGUGCAUUAAAACUACAACAUAAUUUCUCUGAAAUCCCUUAACCUGAUACCGUCGUGGUUUCUCUGCCCUCGCCGGCCUAUAUUACUUAGUGCGCCCAACCAAAACCACCAUGCUAUGCAGGUUACCACCCCCUCCUUAAAUGGUUACUUCUCAAGCUCUUUUCACGGUAAACAUGAUCUUUUAUUUCUUUGUAGGAUUUCUGUCCAUACCAGCAGACAUCUUAAAAAAGUUAAUUUCAUCAAACAACCUAAAUAUUUGCUGCAAUGAAGAAGGUGUUUUAAAAUUUGCCUUGGCUUGGAUCAGUCAUGACAUGACAAAUAGACGCGAACAUUACCCUGAUGUUAUGAAAAAUAUUCGACUUCCACUUGUGCCGAGAAACUUGUUGAUGGAAUUACUGGGGUCUAAUUUUGGAAUACUCAAAAACGCUGGUGAGUAGUAGAUUCCCCGAGUCCCAAUCGGGUGGGGGAGGAGGUACUAACACAAAGGUUUUUUUGAGAACCCGAAUUCGGCAAAAGUGGAAAUUAACUAAAUACGAAAAACAAAGAAGCAACACGACGGUGCCAGGAAGAGAAGAGGUUCACCAUGUAACGUGACGCAACUGAAAGCGAUAAAAACACAAGCGUCUAGCAAGGUUGGCUGUUUAAGUCUUAAUGUUGAGACCACUUUCGUUAUUCGUGUCAUACUUGCGAGUAAAGGAAAGUUGCAUGGCCGAGUUCCUUAGCGUUCACUGACCUUCCUCCCUCUUGAAACUUGCUGGAUUUGUUUUCGGUAGCCCUAAAAGUACAAAAUAGCCAACUGGCUCGCCUCUGGUUAUUUGGGAUUACUUUUCAUGUAUAAUUUGCAGUGUAGAGAUUAAACAAAUUUUUAAAAGGUAAGGAUUGGAAAAACCUGAGAAGCACCAAGUAAUCUGAUACGAUUUUGAUUACCAACUGCUGGUCGUCGAAAAAGUUCGUCUUUUACACUUCUGACGUUUAUAGACAGCCGUAACCAGCGGCGGAUCCAGGGGAGGGGUCUGGGGGCCGCUCCCCCUAUUUUUAGACUAAACUCCCCCCCCCCCCCCCCCCCCCCCCCCUCCUCCCUCGCUCCCCCCCUCUCUCCCCCCCCGAACCCGCCUCAGGCUUUCGGCGGCGGCCCAGGGGGGGGGGGGGGGGGGGGGGGCGGCGCGCCCCCCCCCCCCCCGCCCGCCCGUCCUGCGCGCCGCCUUCUUGUUUUUGUAUGCUAUGCCGUCACACGCGUGCGGCUGGGGGGGGGGGUGGUGGGCGCCCCCUCCCUUUUUUUUGCUCUCUCCCCCCCCCCCCCUCCCCUGUUUUCUUUGGGGGGUUGGGGUUCGUUUUUGGGGGUUGACAUGACCCGGACUUAAGUUUCGGGGGGGGUUUUGGGGGGGGGGUGGGGGGGGGGGCCCCCCCCCCCCCCCCUGAGAUGACCUGCGGUUUUCUAAUACAAUUGGUAUUCUGCCAAAAAAAAAAAACUAUGUGGUGUAUUGGAGUUGAAGUAGAGCAAGAGACGAGUGCACCCCCUCCUAAAAAAAAUCCUGGAUCCGCCCCUGAGCUUAGACUUUUAUUCCUGGGAAGCCGUGUAAAAAAUGCAGACUAAAUUUAGUCAUUUUAUUAACGACGAAACCAGAUGCACAGACAUCCGUAAUCUGGAGCUUCCGCAGCUGCAACUAAUGGUUGACGACUGGCUUUUAGUCUUCUUUGCCUUCGACGAAAAUAGAAGAAACCACCCAAGACAACAAUUACCACAGCACCGCAGAUGAUGCCAAUGAUUAAAGGCGUGUAAUCAAAACAGUCAAUUUCUUUGCACCAUCCUCCACAGCAGUUGUAAUAGUCGAAGUCUCUGCCAUGACAAUCAGAGUUCGUGGAACACAGCGACCCUCCGCAGUCAAUCGAACUGGUACACUUUUUGUUACAACAUAUUAGGUCUCCAGUAUCAUCACAGUCGCUGUCCGUCAGACAUGAGUCACAGUCUAAUUCACAUUUGUGGUUACAGCAAUGUUCAUUGGUCCCACACUGCUCCUUUAGUGAACAAUCCUGACCGACACAAUUCGGAAGUGACACGCACAAAUGAUUGCAGCAGCUUUCACCAUCGGCGCAUGCCGAACUCUUAUCGCAGGUACAGCCAACACAACUUGAUCCGUUAACACAUUCGUAACAGCAGCAGGUUUGGUCUAUGGCGCAUUCAUCUUGAUAUACACAGACAGAACGUUCCUUGAAGGUUCCCUGCAUAGCUAACGAAAAACCAAACAAUGUGUUUAGCACCAUCCGAGCCUGGAGCAGUGAUACCGCCAUUAUUGAAAUGUUGCGACUCCAAAGUGCUAUAAUAUUAUGACGUCACUGGACAAGCCGGAAGCUAUUGGUAUUCUGGGAAACAAGAGCAAGUGAAAGAAUUUGAGUCAGUCAAGAUGGCAACUUCCAUGUCUCAAAUCUGCUUGGGUCAUUUAAACUGUGUGGUGUUGAUUCUGACAUGUGGAUCGUCGUUGGUUGUUCAGGGAUGUGUGACAGCAGCAGACUGUAGUUUUCGUCAAGUUUGCUGCGAUAAUGACUGUGUCGAUGGCUCAAGUUGUGCUGGCCACGUUUGUUUUUUAAAUUUCAACUGUGCCUGGGGCGAAAGCUGUUGCGGAGCGCCCGGUGUAUGUGUUCUAGGUUCAAAUUGUUUAGGACAAGCAUGUACACCUGACGGUACUGGCGGAGGAAUUUGCUCCGGAGGAGAAAGCUGUUGUAAUAGAAAGUGCAUCAAUGGAAGUGUCUGUAUUGGGUCAUCCUGUUCGAAGGACUCCGACUGUAAUUAUCGCAACAUAGAGUAUUGUUGUCGCGGGACAUGUUCUUAUCAAUCUGGCUGUACAAAUGUCAGUAUUACGGUUAUAAUUGUCAGUUCCGUUUGUGGCUUUGUGGUCGUCGCUUUAAUAAUUUUUCUGUGCAUUUACUGCCGUCGCCGUGUGCAACGAGCGGACUUAACAACGGGUGUCACGUCCUAUGGUUCCACAUAAACAUCUGCAAAAAUUCCUUUACGUUUCCUUCCGCCUUUUGUCUUAAGGCGUUGUCCGAUUGAUGUGGUAACAGUGAAAUACCUUGCCGAGUAGAAGCUCAUUUCCUUUCUUUGUAGCUUUUUACAGUCAUAUAAUUUUAGCUAUACGCAAUGGAAUCUUGAAAGGGGCCAUUGUUUGGUUCAGACUUCAUCGAGCUGCAUCUUGCUGAAGUGUAGACAAAAAUGUUUUUGAUUACAUCCCCUUGUUUCUUGGCGUAGUCUAAAUUAAAGUAAAUAUUUCAUUAUUUCCUCCCCAUAUGGAGCUCUUCAGGGAUAAUGCCAAAAAAAUUCAAACGGAACAUAUCAAGGUUAGGAAUCCCAACUGGUAGAAGGCGAAUAAGUUGGCUAUUUCACAUGUGUGGCCGAGGAUUUGAACGCGGGACUACCGCGAUCCAAUCCAGCCAGCGGUCAGUGCGGGACUUGUACUCGAGGCUUCUGGAUUACAAGUACAGCGCUCUAACCUCUCGGCCACGCUGCUUCCUCAUAUCGUCAAACUGUUACGGAUUUUCCCCUCCUUGGCUAGGUCCUGUUUUCUCGUUUCUCUCCGCCUCCCAAUUUGCAAGUGAAAACUCUGGCAACGAGCUUCGUCAUACGUAGUUGCUCAGAAAUUGACUCUGGGAACGACGUUAAAUCUGUGAUGUGUUAUCGUCAGAUUGCUUUUUCCGCGGAUUUUCUAUUUCCGCCGAGAAAGAAAUAGAUUAGACACUAGUCGCUUUAUCAAAGUUGUAGAUCAUAGAAAUGAUUGUCAAAACGUUGAACCGCGAGCGAGCCCUAGGCGAGUGGUUUAACUACAAUAUUUUACAAAUUUUGGUAUUGUUUCUUUUAGCCGUAUAUCCAGUAUGUUUUUUGAGAACGUUUCUGACAAAGCCACUUCAAGGAGAAGAGUUUUCUUCCCAGAGUCAACUGUGGAGACAUGUUGGCUGAGUUCACUUUUAAUUCCGUGGACAUGAAUUCUUAGGGAAUGAACAUGUACCUCCCUCCACACAGUGACCUUUGUUUUUUUCUACGUAAGUCUUGGGUUCAAACCAUUCAACGUGAAACCAUUCAGCUCUAGUACCAUUUGUUUCUCGGCUUUUUUGCAAAAUGCGGAUUUUAUUUUAGCACUUUUCAGUAAAAGUAAGAGUUCAGUUUUGUUAUUUGUAUUUGUAUUUUGUACUUUCUCCACUUAGCAUCAAUUGCAGAACUAUUCAUUACAGAAAAUAAAAUAAUACUAAGUAGGAGAGGGGUACUUCUAGGUAGACUAAUAUUGUGCCCUUUAAUAAAAUUGUAUAUAACCGUAAAAUUCCGAAAAUAAGCCCCGAGGCUCAUAUUUUUUAAAGGCCCUUUUUGAGGGGCUUAUUUUGGGAGGGACUUAUGUACAGAGGGAAAUUUACAUUUAAAAGUCGAUUGGGCUAGCCUUAUUCUUGGAAGGAAAUUUACCGUUUUUCUUUGUUUUACUUUGUAUUUGAGGGCAGUUUCCAAGUACAAGCCCCCCGGGGAGUGGGGGAGCGUAUAUUUGGAGGGGUGAUUUAACGGAGUGUUUUACGCGUUACAAGUUUUGGGAGGCUUGUAUUUGGAGAGGCUCAUACAUGGAGGGGCUUAGUUUUGGAAUUUUACGGUAUGACAGCAAAAAAAUAGAUACAGUAUAGAUAUUAUACUGGAAACGUGGCCAUCUUGCUUGGUGACCACUGACCGUUAUUUAAGACUAUAUUCAGGCGCUAAAACUGUUUCCUGGCGUCUGUUGCUAUGGAUGGCAAUCAGUUGGACAUCGAUUGAAACUUAAAAACGUUAGGUCAGUUUUUUCAAGUAACUUUUUUUCAAGCACAAAAUUGACCAAAAACAGCAAUAUUCUCUUGAUGUACCCCCUUUAAAGGCAGGACCUCUGCAAUUAAUAGGACAGGUCAUUUUAAACAAACUACAGUCGACUCCCGAUAACUCGAACCCUCGCUAAGUCGAACCUCGCGCUAACUCGAACCAAAAUCGAUUUCCCUUGGAUUUCCUUCAUAUAUUUACCGUAAUUUUACCCUCCGUAACUCGAACCUCCCGCUAACUCGAAGUAAUUUUUGUUUCCCUUUGGAUGAUUUUUCUAUAAAUUUACCCUCGGUAACUCGAACCAUGUUUUAAGCGCUUAUUAAGUCAGGGAAAAAAAACCGUGUACUGGCGUCCGAAACAUUGAAUUUUGAAUUUUCCAUUGACGUGUUUUAGGCAUAUAGCUUACUUGUGGAGGCUAAUGUUGUUUGUCACAAAUCUAACGUGAAACGGCUUUGCUUCUCAAAACAGUUAAACGCAUGCUCUGUUUAGGCUAUGUUUUGUUACGUUACGUUCUGAUUUAUAUUCUAGAAGUAUCAUACCAGUUUAACUUGACGUUUCUACAGUUAAAUGUGAUUAAAAUGUUCACUGCACAGAAAAAACAGGUUUUGCCCUUGCUACCGGCUAUUUGCUUCGAGCUCCCGACAACUCGACUAACUCUCGAUAACUGGAACUUUUUUCGAUUUCCCUUCAAGGUUCGCGAGUUAUCGGGAGUCGACUAUAGUUGUUAUUUAAAUUAAUUUUUAUCUUACUUUGUUCAGGCUGUGAAGCUCUUGUUGAGGAGAUAAAUACCUACCAACUUCAUCCAGAAAAGAGAGCCUUGCUUCAGACUCCACGUACAACUCCACGAAACACAACUGCGAAAACACUUUGUAUUGUUGGAGGACUUUCGGGAUUUGACAGUCCUGACAGAUAUUUAAACCGAGCAGACGUCCUUUGUUUGGAAGAUGAAAAGAAAUGGGGGAAAAUGGCGUCCAUGCGUGAGGCAAGAGAAUCAGCAGGUACAGUGCGUCGUUUAGUAUACUUCAAGUUAGCGUAAAAUAUAAAUACUUAAUUAUCCACUCCGCUGAUGGGGCUUUUCACAGAUAAUGAAACAAAUAACUCAAAUGCAACAUAAUAUGGUUAAUAAUCCCAACUGGUAGAAGGCGAACCAGUUGGCUUUUUACAAGCUUGGCCCGAGGAUUUGAACUUGCGACUACCGAGAACAAAUCCAAUCAGCGGUCAGGGAGGACUUGAACUCGGGGCCUCCGGAUUGCAAGUCCAGCACUUUAACCGCUCGGCCACGCUGCCUCCUGCGUCUGACUGGUUUAGGGUUGGGGCCCUUGAUGGAGAGAGGAGGGGCUUAUUUAACUUCGCGAAACACAGUAUCAGUAGAAAGAAAGAGGAAAAACAGCGCAGUACAACGGUAUACUUGCUUUUAGCAACUGAAGUGUGCUCCUGACAUUAAGCACUUGCAGCGUUAAAUCGUACUUUGAUCAUUAUACAUGAAGUGCUACGUUUGUGGACCAAAAUCGGCCGCAAUUACGUUGACUGAACCAGAUGUACUGCCGCCGCAAUAGAACAUUUUACAGUUAUGAGCUUAGUACCCUAGCCUCCGAAUGAACUUGAGGCUAAGGUUGACCUUGCGUUCACUUUCUUAUGAAAAUCAUGCUAAAAAAAUACAAGUUAGCAUGAGAACAACAUUAUUUACAUGAUAAAGCAGGAAGGGUUGUGUGAACUCCAGCCUCCUUUGCACCCGUAACUGUAAAAUGGACAUUACAUAUGUUAUUAACCCUUUAAGUCCCAAUAGUGUCUAAAGUCAAUUUUGUCUUAACGAUAGAGUGGUUUUCGUUUGAGUGUCGUAAAACCAAAACCAAAGUAAUUACUCUGGCCAAUCACAUAGGACACAGACAAUACAUUGAACCAAUCAAAACUCGAAGUAAUUACAUGUGGCUGACGCAAAGUGCGCGUCACAAUUGGCUUUGGUUUUACUUCUGAUUGGAUGAAAAGGUGGCGCGAAUCUUUUAAGCCAAUCGCAUCGAGUAGAAAGUGCAAAACCAAUUACUUUUCGACACUCAAAUGAAAACCGCUCUAUCCAUGCAAUGUCAAGAGAUCAGGUUAUGAGAAUUAAUAAAAUAAUCACCUAAAGGAAAAUGCCUUGAUCUUUUACCAAAUUCUCUCAACUCAUUCUUAAAGGAAAUGUAAGGAGAUCAGUCUGGAGAAUUUGUAUGUGGAUACCGGGGCUUAAAGGGUUAAGUGCCUGUAUGCUAUUAGCCUUUUUCCGGUGCAUGGUCACUAGCGUUCCCUCUUUCAGGUCCCCACCAAUGCAGCAAAUCAGUUAUUUAGCAGCACAUCCCUUUUGGGUUCAUAACCGUAAUAUGACUGUUCACUUAUGAUCGCAUUGUCGUUGUAGCCGUUGUCAAACUCAACAACCUCAUCUAUGUAAUGGGCGGAGUCAGUGCUGACGCGAAUCUCAGUUCCGUAGAAUGCUACAAUCCCCAGCUGGAUUCUUGGACUGGACUACCCCCUCUUAAGUAUUGCAAAGGACAAGUAUCCGGAACUGUUUUGAAUGGAUGCAUCUACGUAAUUGGCGGAACUGAUGAUUUCCUUCGAGAAGGUCUGAAGACCGUUGAGAAGUACAAUCCGUGCACAAACGAGUGGGAGGUAGUUUCACCCAUGCGCAUAGGAAGAGGAGCAUUAGGUACGUAAUCAUACCUCAUUCUCGACCCCAGUUUGAUGCCUAGGUAUGACCUCAUAUCCUUGUUUCCUCGUCUUACCUUUUCUUGUAUCUUUAAGGGUAAAAUUAGGUGGGUAAAAUUAGCGAGCUCUAAAUGGAACUUUUGUUCUAUUUGACGGGGAAAUGGAUUGCGCAGUAGUGAGAGCACUCGCCUUCCACCUUUUAGUAGAAUUCAGGUCUAUUAAUUACACGUGGAGUCAGAUUUUAUAGCCCUAAGUUGUAGGCCUAUGGUAAAGCUUUUUGUUCAGGUCUUGGAAGAAAGAAUGAGAUCGAAUGGUUGUUGUCAUGUAUUAGACCUGUCAGCACACUAUCUUCAAGGGGGUAAACAUUUUUUUUAUCGUCACGAUUUCUUAUUACGCGACCGUUUCAGAUAAGAAAAAGACUCAAAAUUUAAGAAGCGGUAUGAAUAAGCGAGGCUUAGUAGCCCUUGAACAAAGCGAAAUGCAGGACUGGGGCGAAAAGGGCAGAAAUACUGUAUUAGCAGGAAUAAAUUUAUAGCUAAACCUCAAAGGUGCGAAUUGUGAAGAAAUAAAAUAAUUGGUCACAAAUUUGGUGAAGAUGAUAUUUGCAAUGACUAUAGUGAAAAUUAUCAAACAUAGAUCAAGUCGAUUAUCAGUUUGGUUAUAGUACGGUGUGUAGCUCUAUAGCAUUUGUAAACAAACUUUCAGUCUUCCCAGUUUGAUCCGCCCAAGCAGCUUUAAAUUUUGCCCGCUGCUUUAUUUCUGCUUUCCCUCUCCUACAUAUUUUUUUGUUCAAGGUUUAAUAAGCCUUCACUAACAUACAUUUAUGAACGGUGCUUUAGCUGAAGCCUCAUGCACUCGCUCCAUUGCGUACUUUUCUUUUUGCAACAUCCCUUCCUUUCAAAACACAAACUCAGAGCGCUGUGAAAAGAAUAAACUCCACCUUGAGCCGAGUUAAAUCUUUUUUAGGUGUGGCUUCACUCGAAGGAAAGAUCUAUGCGUGCGGAGGAGGAAACUUCAAUUUUGCCGUCUCAUCAGUUGAGGUCUACGAACCACAGAAAAACCGAUGGUCGACUGCGCCGCCCAUGAAGCGCGCACGCGCAUUUCAUGACGUCGUGGUCGUGCGCGGGUCUCUUUACGCGCUUGGUGGCGCGGAAAUGCAAAGGGGUCAGCUUUCGGACCUUCAGGCUUCGGUAGAGAGAUUCCAUCCUCAAACCGGUCAAUGGAUGAUUUUGAAAUCUCUGUUCCUACCGUGCUGGGGAAUCAGGGCGGCAGUGAAUCAGAAAUCAGCUGACCAAGAGACUGACGUUUAUAUUGUUGGUCAGUUUCAAUUCACGGAUUCAGAUCAUGGAGCGGUCGCUAAGCUUUGCAUUGGCGAUGAUGACUCGCAUUUGCUUACAAGUGUCCCUUAUUUUGAUGAGCCGUCACCUAGGAUACAGGCAGGUGUUGUAAUUAUGCCUUGA